CCAGCACCCCAAGUCCUUCUCUGCAGGGCUGCUCUCAAUCACAUCAUGCCCCAUCAUGUAUUGAAAUUGGGGAUUGCCCCAACCCAGGUGCAGGACCUUACACUUGGCCUUGUUGAACCUCGUGAGGAUUGCAGAAGCCCACUUCUCCAGUCUGUCCAGGUCCUUCUGGAUGACAUCCCAUCCAAGCCAAUCAAGUUUGGGUUGGAAGGGACUUCCCUUCCCAUCCAGUCCCACCUCGCACUGGAUCUGGUUGCUCCAAGCCCCAUCCAGCCUGGCCUUGGACACCUCCAGGGAUGGGGCAGUCACCACUGCUCUGAGCAACCUGGGCCAGAGCCUCCUUACCCUCAUUGUGAAGGAUUUCUUCCUAAUGUCUCAUCUAAGUCUUCCCCCUUCCAAGUUAAAGCCAUUGCAUCCUCCUGAGCGAUGCCCUGUGAGAGACUGAGGGUCUGAGGCUGGGUGGGCGCUUUGGUGUUGCUCUGCUAGAUGCAUUACCGCUACACUAAAACUUUUCCCAAUGUCUGAGAAAUUUUUCCCACAGCUGGAAAAUCCUUUUGUUCCGAGUAAACUGAAACUACCUGGCGAGCGCCUGUGUGGGCCUGGGGAGUCCUGGAGCUGUGGUGUUGCUGCAGACGCUGCUUCUCUUCAAGCAGGAGCUCUCUGAAGUGAGAGAGAAAGAAUCAGAAACAGCAUGGCCAGCAGGACCAGGGAAGUGACUGUGCACCUGUAAUUGGCAUUGAUGAGGCCAUACCUUGAAUCCUGUGCUCAGUUUUGGGCCCCUCAUUACAUGAAGGACAUUGAGGAUCUGGAGCGUGUCCAGAGAAGGGAACGGAGCUGAGGGAAAGGCUGGGGAACAAUGGUGAUGAGAGGUGGCUGAGGGAACUGGGGUUGUUUAGCCUGGAGAGAAGAAGGGGAAACCUCAUCACUGUCUACAACUGCCUGAAAGGAGGUUGUGGUGAGAUAGGUGUUGGUCUCUUCUCCCAAGUGUCAGAUGUUAGAACGAGAGGGAGUGUCCUCAAGUUGCACCCAGGCAGGUUCAGAUUGGAUAGUAGGAAAAAUUUCUUCACAGAAAGGGUUCUCAGGUGCUGGCAGAGGCUCCUGGGGAGGUGGUUGAAUCCUCAUCCUUGGAGGGAUUUAAAAAACGGGCAGAUGAGGUGCUUAGGGAUGUGAUUUAGUAAUGGACAUGUAUGGUUGGGCUUGUUCUCAAAGGUUUUUUCCAACCUUGCAUUUCUAUGAUUCUAAGCAGAAGUGUCCAUGCACUACUGUUGGUAGAGGACAUGGGUGCAAGGAGACAUGAGAUGCCCCAUGGUGUCUUCAGGAGUUAGCGCUGCUGGGUGGGAGCAGGGCAGGGAUCUGCUUGCGGGUGGUGAGAUGGCUGUUCCCCAGCGCUUCUGCAACCAUCGCUUUGUGAGCAUGGACACCAGGGGUUCGUCACCCCAGUUCAUGAUUUCAAUGACACUUCUCAGUCGAACUGAUGCAUCUCCCUCCCUGCAGAGAGGGCUAAAACACAAGGGGCAGUGGGAACAAGGUCUGUAUGAAUCAUAGAAUCAUGGACUGGUUUGAGUUGGAAGGGAUCUUAAAGCCCAUCCAGUUCCAUCCAUGGGCAGGGACACCUCCCACUGGGUCAGGGGCUCCAAGCCCCAUCCAACCUGGCCUUGAACCCCUCCAGGGAUGGCGCAGCCACCACUGCUCUGGGCAACCUGGGCCAGGGCCUCCCCACCCUCAUCGUGAAGAAUUUCUUCCUGAUGUCUAAUCUAAAUCUUCCUCCUUCCAAAUUAAAGCUAUUCUCCCUUGUCCUAUCACUCCAUGCCUUUGUAAAAAGUCUCUCCCCAGCUUUCUUGUAGCCCCUUCAGGUGCUGGAAGGCCGUUUAUAUAAAGUCUUCCUGGUGCCUUCUCUUCUCCACACUGAACUCCAAGUCUCUCAGCCUGUCCUCAUUGCAGAGCUGUUCCAGCCCUUGGAUCAUCUCUGUGGCCUCCUCUGGACCCAUUCCAACAGUUCCAUAUCCUUCUUACUCUGAGGAUUCCAGAAGUAGACACAGGACUCCAGGUGGGGGUGGUGGGAGUGGCCACAACUAACUCCAUCUGGUUAUGGCAGGCAGUGAAUUGUGCAGUGUUCACCUUGGAAAGCUGAUGUCUCUGGAAUACUUGGAGAAGCAGCAGGUGAUUCUCAUGUCCCAGCUGCUUUUCAGUUGUUUCCUUACGAAACUUGUUAUUAGAACGGCUGAAGGGCUGGGUUGGGUUGGAGAUGCCCUCUGCAAAUUUUCUCCUGAUGCUGCAAUUCAUUUUUCCAGCUGUUGGUAAUUAAAGCGCAGCAAACUUCCCUUUCAUACGGUCUCCUGGCAGAUAAGAAGUCUCAGAAGAUCUAAGUUAACGGCCUGAUGUUUCCCAAGUACAGCUUGCAGCGAGGAAAAAAUCUCUGUUUAGACUUCUCAUUUUUAGACUGAUGUCUUUCUCAACAUGUGAACUUGAACCUUUUGCUUCUUUUUGAACAUUGAGUAACGUAGGGUCAGAUAUUAGGCAACGCUCUUUUAAAAUAAAGUGUGAUUGGAAAACAAGGGGGCGAACAACACGAUCAGUACCCUGAUAUCUGUGUCGUGGGAGCCGGACUGUGCUGCAGCUCUCCUGUGUCCACACGAGGCCCAUCCCUGUGGUGUGGUUUGGAAUGAAGGGUCUCUUCCGGUGGAAGCCCCUUGGGAUCCAUGGGGUGCGUCCCACAUGGGUUUUGGCUCUGCCAGUGCUGCAAGAGCCAGAGAUGAAGUGCAGCUCCUACAGAGGUUGAUCAGUUAUGCUUAAAGUUUUGGAGAGGAGGGCUGCGUGUGGAUGCAGGCUGUGGAAAACCACCGCGUAUCGAUUGUUUUACCAUCAGGGAGCAGAAGUCAGAGCCUGGCAAUGUGUCUGCUUGGGGGAAAAAUGAAUCAAUCACAUGCUGUGGAAGAGUGUCUCUUCAUCUGCUUUUGGAAAACACUCAUCAUCAAACCAUGGUCUGAAUAACCAAGGCUUCAGAGAGCUCCUAGAGUAUGCUGGAGUAAUCAUAGAAUCAUAGAGUCAUAGAAUAGUUUGGGUUGGAAGAGACCUUAAAGAUCAUCCAGUUCCAACCCCCCUGCCAUGGGCAGGGACAUCUCCCACUGGCUCAGGCUGCCCAAGGCCCAUCCAACCUGGCCUUGAACACCUCCAGGGAUGGGGCAGCCACAGUCCUUCACAGCUGUGGGUGCUGUAAAAAUACAACAAAACCAAGAGUUCGAAAAGGCUGCUUUGUAGAAGUCUCUGACCUCUUCCUGGAGGUACACGGUUAAACUUGGAGUAUCUUAUGGUUAAUGGAAAUUCAACCCUCAGAGGCAGGGAAGCCUCUGGGGAGAGCAGAGGUGGUGUCUCAGCAGUAUGUUUUGCUCUUUGAGGUGCAGGAGGAGGUUCCUGGUGUGAAGCUUUCUCAGCAGGUUCACAAGUUCCCAGGACAUUGUCCCUUGAUGCUUUUUCUCCUUGCUUUUUGGGGUUGGUUUUGUUUUGAGCUGCAGGUCAGGUCUGUCCCGUGACUCACAGCAUCGCUCCGCUGGUGCUGUUUGAAGAACCGGUUAAUGCUGGAGUUCUUACCAACCAAGUGUUGCAGGGCAGGAAACCGAGGAGGUGCCCAGGGAGGGAAAUGCCUGUGUGUUAUCUCCCUCAUUUCAAAAUGCUGUAAAAGCUGUUGUGUGGCAUCAGGUUGUGGAUUGCGUGUUGGGGUGUACGCAAAAAGAUUUUGUAUCGCUCUUUUCAAUGGACAGGGCUGGCUGCAGCCUUAUCCGCAGGAUGAUGCUGUUCAGGUGGUUUGUGACUCAGGAGAUCCCCUCCCCAACCCUGGGUGAUGUGAGAGCUGCAGGGGGGUCUCAUAGCAAAAUUCCCUCCGCUGUGUCUGAGAGCAUGUCUGGUGAAGCGUUAGAGCUGUCUAGAGCAGAUGGAUCCAGCGUGGGCAGAUCAGAGAAUUGUAGAAUGGUUUGGGCUGGAAGGGACCUUAAAGCCCAUCCAGUUCCAGCCCUUUGCCAUGGGCAGGGACACCUCCCAUGGGAUCAAGUCGCUGCAAGCCCCAUCCAACCUGGCCUUGAACCCCUCCAGGGAUGGGGCAGCCACCACUGCUCUGGGCAACCUGGGCCAGGGCCUCACCAUCUUCAUUGUGAAGAAUUUCUUCCUGAUGUGUAAUUUAAAUCUUCCCUCUUCCUGUUUAAAGCCAUAACCUCCUCAUCCUGUCACUCCAGACCCUUGUAAAAAGCCCCUCCCCAGCUUUCCUGGAGCCCCUUUCCAUGUGGAAGCUGCUCUAUUUUCUCUCCACAGCCUUCUCCUCUCCAGGCUGAACAGCCCCAACUCUCUCAGCCUGUCCUCAUAAGCAGAGGUGCUCCAGCCUUCGGAUCAUCUCCAUAGCCUCCUCUGGACUCGCUCCAACAGUUCCGUAUUCUCAUAUUGGGGAUUCCAGAACUGGACAUAGGACUCCAGAUGGGAUCUCAUGAGAAUGGAGUAGAAGGGCAGAAUCCCCUCCCUCCCUGCUGGCCACACUGCUUUAGAUGCAGCCCAGGACACGGUUGGCCUUCUGGGCCAUGAGCACACGUUGCCAUUUCAUGUCGAGCUUCUCAUUAAUCACCACCCCAAGUCCUUUUCUGCUGAUCUGUUGCUGGCAUUUCGUGUGCUUUUAGAGAUGUACUCUUUUAAAGAACAAAACAAUGCUGCGGUCUCCAGCCCUCCGCAGAGUAUGUUUAAACAAACAAAACUGAAAAACAAAGCCCUGCAGCAGUUUGGGACCAGUUCUGGGGGUUUUUAUUGUUGUUUUUUUUUCUUUAGAUUAAACCACUUACACAACCUUUUAACAGUAGGGAGCACUUCAGGCCACUCAUUGCAUCCCACAGAUGCGUAUCUGUGGUGGCAGUGUCUCGGGGUGCAUAAUCAUAGAAUCAUUAAGGUUAGAAAAGACCUCUAAGAUUGAGUCCAACUGUCAGCCCAGCACCACCAUGCUUACUAACCCAUGUCCUAAAUUGCCAGGACUGUACGCUUUUUAAACCCUUCCAGGGAUGGAGACUCCACCCCUGCCCUGGGCAGCCUCUGCUGGGGCUUCACCACUCAGUCAGUUAAGAAAUUUUUCCUAACAUCCAAUCUGAACCUCCCCUGGUGCAACUUGAGGCCAUUUCCUCUCAUCCUAUCACUUUUUACUUGGGAGAAGAGACCAACACCCACCUCACCACAAGCUCCUUUCAGGGAGCUGCAGAGAGCGGUGGGGUCUCCCCUCAGCCUCCUUUUCUCCACGCUAAACAUCCCCAGCUCCCUCAGCUGCUCCUCAUAACCCUCAUUCUCCAGCCCCUUCCCCAGCUCUGUCCGCUUCUCUGGACGAGCUCCAGCUCCUCCGUGUCCUUCUUGUGAGGGCCCCAAAACUGAACCCAGAAUUUGAGGUGUGGCCUCUCUAAUGCUGAGUACAGGGGAAGGAGCACUUUGUUGCUCCUGCUGGCCACGCCAUGGCUGAUCCAAGCCAAGAAGGCCACCUGGGCACACUGUGGGUGUGGGGAUUCGGGGACCAGACCUUGCCCUCUCUGUGGUGCAGGGUGGGUACCCUGAUGGUCAUCCAGCACCCAGGGCCUCCAUGUAUCCCAGCUGGGGACUGCACCCACCUGCCGCAGGCAGAGCUGGGUGCCGAUGGACGUGUUGUGUGUCUGGGGUUGGACUUGGGCCAUGGAAAGAUGCAUGAGAUGGGUUAUGUCAGAGCAGGUGCUCAGAGGUAGUGAAGGAAGCAAUUCUUUGUGCUUGUCUUCCUGUCAAAAUUUGUGUUCAGAUGAGCCUAGUGAUCCCAGGAUUUGAGGAAUCCAGUUUUCAUGGUGAAAGGGAAAGCACUGAUGUUUGGAAAUGCCUUUCGGCAACUGCAAACCUUCAGUUCAUGAUGACUUUUGCAGACCACAUGGUUAGAAACUGCGGUGUCGGUAUACCCAAGCGCAUGAAAAUGGGUUUGGAAGGCAGGCUGGUAGCCGUGCUACUGGGGUUCAGCAUUGGCGUGCAGAGUGGCAGUCGGAGCUCUGGCUAUCAGCACACUAACUAAAUGUUAAAAGAAACCAAGAAAGAAGGUACUUCUGUGCAAAUGGGUGGGUUCUGCUGGCCACACAGCUUGGUUAUCUCCUGCGGGCACUGCAGUGAGGUGUCAGGUCCUGGUUAUGGUGAUCAGGGAAAUGGGUUGUGCAGUGAACGGAACGAAGUGGGCUGCUCGCAGCUAUGCAAGGACGUGGGGUUUCUCUUGGUGGAGAUGUUCCAGGAAAGCUAAUCUGUACCAAAGCUGGCACAUAUGAGCCACAACUGAAGAAGGUUGGAGCUGGUUCUAGUUCCAGUUUGCUCUGGAUGCUAUCAAAGACUCAGAAUUGCUCUGAGCGUUUACACUGACUGGAAUAUUCAUUGUGUAGACAGGCCAGGAGCAGCCUAGAGGAGCUGUGACCUGCACUGAGGAAUUCCUCUUCCUGUGAUCGUUUGCCCUUCACCUUUGAUGUUGUCUUUUUCAUCUGGACUGUGGCUUUGACCAAGGUCUUCAUCUGGCCUGCUGUGGCUUCACUGUCCGGGAGGAAUAACUGUCGUUUCAGGCUGCAAUGCCUAAAUAUGCAGAACAGAGCUGGAGGACCCUGUAGCUCCUUGUUUUCUGCUUCUUCCUACUGGGCACAUCUUCUGGAUGGAGAGCGGUGGUCCAACCUGAUCUCAGUCGUCUGAGGGAGCUGGAAGCCCCCGGUGCCAUUUGGAUGCUAGAACCUAUCUCACAUAUCUUGUUGCAGUGUCUCAAGACUGACAAGGAGGAUGUAUUGUGCAAGCCACGGAGCAGGCUGGAUCCUGCACCAGCACCAUGAUCCCAGCCUUGGAGCAGCAAAGAAGCACUCACUGCUCCUUAAGGAACCAUCUCCUCUUGCUGCAUUUGUUGGAGUUUUGGAGUCCUUAGUGCGUAACUUGCUCUUUUGAGCCAACUUUCUGCAAACAGGGUUUGUUUUUCUUCAAUUUGAGUAAUCUCUACAAACUCAGCCCUUUAUAUCCUGGAUCUGCCCAGAAGCUGGAGACACAAAAUGCCGCUGAGAAAAGAGACUCUUGAUUUAUUUGCUCACGUCUGACUGCAGCAGCAGAGGGGAUGAUGAGAAACCUAAAGUCUGAGACCUUUUGUAUUUUAAAAAAUGAGCACAAGAACUGUGCCCUAUGGAAUGGGCUCAGAAAUCAGAGCUGCUCAGAAAACAACAGCGUGUGGCUUAAACCAGCUGUUUCGUUCCGGAGUCCGACUUUUUGGUGUUCCUGCUGUAAGGCUGGGUUUGGGUUCGAUGAGCCGAGCCCUUAGGGAGCCAGGAAAGGGGCUGGCUUGGCUGCGUGCUGGGGUUUGUGUUCAGCUGGGUAUGAAAUUGGAACUGGAGUGCUCAGCAGAUGUUAUCUUUGGAUUCCAGUUCCUUCUCACUAACUGUAUCCGUGAAACCCUUUCUGCUUUUCCUUUGUGUUUGCUGAAUGGGCUAAGUCAGAUGUUAAAGUAGGGACUGGAGGUUCCACCCUGGGAUGGACCCCAACAAGGAAAUGCCAAAUAAUAUGUCAUAGGAAAGGAUGUAUUUCCCAAUGGUGGUGGGUCCUGUUCAGCCUGGAUGGGGUUGCCAGGGCAAGGACACGCUGCUGCCCCGAUCUGCCCGAUGUGAGCACUAAGGGCCUCAGGAUAAAUGCUCCCAGGACGCAGGGAGUGAGGGCAGUUUGAUUCCAAUACACAGAUUGGACCUUUUUCCUUUGGACUUCAAAAUAAACAACAUUUUGGCUGAACAAAUGGAACCGACCUUUUUAUUAAAAGCAUGCAUCUUCUCCUGCCUGGCUGAGCGAGAGGCUUUUAAAACUGAAGGAACUCCUUAACUUGCAAAGCAGCUGACUUAAGUCAUUCCGAUAGCAUUUAUCAUCUUACUUUUUGCUUUUGAAAGUUGGAGAGCUUUUAGAAAAGGCAAGCGCUAAGAGAAGUGGCUCUGACGCUGUGUGCGAAGGCGCAGGUCUCCGUGCCACCAGUGCCGGUCCCCGGGGCAGAGGGGUCCGGAGCUGCCAUGACGACUGGCGACUGCUGCCACCUCCCCGGCUCCCUGUGCGACUGCCCGGGAAGCGCUGCCCUCUCCAAAUCGGUGGAGGACUCUGACAUUGGGCGCCCACAGUACGUCACGCAGGUCACCGCCAAGGAUGGGCGGCUCCUCUCGACGGUGAUCAAGGCGCUGGGCACGCAGAGUGAUGGUCCCAUCUGUCGAAUCUGUCAUGAAGGUGGAAAUGGGGAGGGACUGCUUUCCCCGUGUGACUGCACAGGAACACUGGGCACCGUGCACAAGAGCUGCCUGGAAAAAUGGUUGUCCUCCUCCAACACAAGUUACUGUGAGCUCUGCCACACAGAAUUUGUUGUAGAGAGAAGACCGAGACCUUUGACAGAGUGGCUGAAGGAUCCUGGUCCCCGCAAUGAGAAGAGGACCCUUUUCUGCGACAUGGUGUGUUUCCUGUUCAUUACUCCCCUGGCAGCGAUUUCCGGUUGGCUGUGCCUGCGUGGAGCCCAGGAUCACUUGCAGUUCAACAGCCGGCUGGAGGCCAUCGGACUCAUUGCACUAACUAUAGCACUUUUCACAAUCUACGUCCUUUGGACGCUGGUCUCGUUCCGCUACCACUGCCAGCUGUACUCAGAGUGGCGAAGGACCAACCAGAAAGUCCGCUUGAUGAUUCCCGCCUCACGAAGCCCUCACCCCGUGCCCCACUCCCUCCUCUCUGCCAAGCUCAUGAAGAAGACUGCGGAUGAAACCACCGUCUGAGCUGUCCCUCGGCCGCUGCGCCGCGGAGCUGCUGGGGCAGAGCUGCCCUUCGGGGCCGGCAGCAGCAAAGAGGUGCCCUCGCGCACACAAGAAACACGGACGCUGUGGAGGCACUGGAAAACAAUCAUCCCACCCGAAGGGACUUUGCGGUCAGCACGUACUUUAUACUAUGGCAAACAGACUGAUAAUCAACGUCUGUCAUGUGAAAUGGCCCAGAUGAGCCAGGUGGCAGAACAAGCCUGUCUGCAGGGACACUUUCCUAUAACUAAACACCAUAUGUGGAAAAUAUCUCCCUAUAUAUAUAUAUAUAUAUCUAUAUAUAAUAUUAUUUUUUAAUGGCCAUGCAUAUUGUGUUUCAGUCCUUUUGCGUUUAUGUUCUAAGCUUCAGUAUAGAAGCUGGCAGCCUGAUCUCAUUCCGAGGUUAAAUCUAUGCCUUUUCUCCAAAUGAGCGUAUAAAGAACACUUUUCUUUGACCGUUCUUGAAAGUCCCCUUCUCCUUUGCACUAUAUUGGUUUUGAUAAUACUGCAGCAGCCUUUCCCGUUACUCUUUGGCCUCUCUCGUGGUGUUUCUGUCCUUUUAGAAGGUUGUGUGUUUUUAAGAACUCUUAUAAUCCCAGAAGGAGUAAAAUGAUGUCAUAGCAAAUGGAGACAUUUUGUAAAGUACUGUAAUUUUGAGAAUUUCGAAAGAAGUUUCAACAUGAGAUCUUUUCCUGUGCAGACGUGAUCUCACAGAACGCUUUCCUUGCAGAUCCUGGCUCAUCCCCAGGACUCGGACGCACUCAGCUCUUGGUCUGUCUCGCAAAGGUAGACGGAGGAUCUGAGGGGGGAAGCGAUGCUCGUACUGGCUAAACCCACCAUUGCCUUUUGCCUUUAAAAGACUCCGAAAGGAGCUUUCCUGACCCCAGGAGGUGAGAGUUGAGUCCCUUUGCUGAUGUCCUUUCACCAUCUUGAGGCUGGACCUCUCAUAGUAUCAGUUGCGCACAGACCUUCGGGGACGGGCCGUGCUCCGCAGCCGCUUGGCAGGAUGCGGGUGGGCUUGCCUGUCCCCAGGUACUUUAUUUGCACAUUCCUCGGCAGCAGACAGAGGAGCUACUGGGAUUUGGUUCAUCCCUGAAAGCCCUGCCUGCUUGUUGUGUUCUCAAGUGCAACACCCCAAGUUCACUGGUUCCCUAAGAGCGGGCUCUGGGUCCCUUCUUCUGCGAGGCCAAUGUUCCUCCUCCUUCAUCCACCCAUGUUCCCAGCACAUCCAGCUAAUAUUCCUCUCUGUCUUGGAGUACCCAGUCUGCCAAAGGUCUCCCCAAGUUGGCUUUAGUCCUCACCUUUCCGCUGCCUCCCCUCACUGGGUGAUGCCCCUGCUUGGUGCUGUGCUUUCCUGAGCCCUGCGAGUGGAGCGGGCCGUAAGGAUGCUGGCGUUGGCCCUGUCCCGCUGCACGCUCCAGCUGCUUGGCGUGAGCCUUGGCUCUUGCUCCUGCCAUGGUGAGGGGAGAUAGCAGGGAGGAGGCAGGCACCAAGGUGCCCGUGUCCUUGCAGGGGGUGGUGGCCGUCACGCACCGUCCCUCCGCUUCUUUGCUGAACCCAAGCGGAUCAAUCCGACGCCCUGGUAGACUGAAACCUGUGAUUUCUUGCAUUCAAAGCACCGUGUGCCAUUUCUUCCUCUUCUUCAGCUGCAAAACAGGAUGCUUUUCUUUACAUGGCCCCUGCUCCCUGACCUGGAAGUCACAGUGCCAUGAGCAGCAGGAUGUCCUGUCCCUUCUGGUGGGAUUCCUCCAGCCCUGGACCCUGCUCUAUGUCUCCUCUCCUCCUUUGUCUCCUGUCCUCUGGGUUCUCGUGCAAUUCACUGAUAUCCUGGAUUCUUGCAGCAGCCCCUGUGGGCUGCUCUGAGCAUGUCUGUUCUGAGCAUGAGGGUUUCGUUUGAUCACAGGGUGAACGUCUUCUGCCACAGCUGAGCUGUGCAUCUCUGCUUCUCCCUCUCUGCCCUCCUCCCUGCCUGUCUCUUCCCUUCUGCCACAAAUCCCUGGACACCUUCCCUUUUCCCUGUGUGGGGAUGAUGUUCCUGGUGCUCCUGGAGGCUGGCAGUGCACAGAGGUUUCUCCAGCACGGCUCAGUUAUGGUCCCUGCCCUGCAGGAGCAUCCUGCAUCAUAGAACCCCCAGGCUGGAAAAGAUCAUUAAGUCGAACCGUACCUGUCCGCUACUAAAUCAUAUCUCUAAGCGCUUCCUCUACCCAUCUUAUAAUUCCCUCCAGGGAUGGGGACUCAACCACCUCCCUGGGCAGCCAUUCCAGUGCUUGAUAAAUCUUUCCAUGAAGAAGUUUUUCCUAGCGUCCAAUCUGAACCUGCCCUGGCGCAGCUCAAGGCCAUGAUCAACGCUGCUCUUGCAGAGUUGCUCCCAUGCCCGCACUGCCUCCUUCUGCAUCCCUUUUCCCUUGGCAGUGAGCGCUGCGCCACCGCUCUGUGCCUUGUGCUGGGUACCCCUUCCUCCAGCCCUUUCCCAACAAACCCCAUCUCACCAGGAUAUUCCCACUGAAGGAAGCUUUGGGGGUUUAGCUCAACCUUCUCAGUCCUGGCUGCCUCUCAGGAGCUUGGUCUUGCGAUGUGCCUAGUUCUGGCAGGUAACAAAGGACAUGCACUCCCGCGCCACAGUCCCCCAUAGGGAUGGAAUGGAGCCAGUGUUUAGGAAACCCACUGCUGACCCAAAUGUGCAACUGUGAAAGCCAGAAGUCCUUUGCAGGGCGUAGCCGGGGCCUGGCCCUGUGCUGCUGCACGGCCACGGCUUCGUUCUCAGCUUCGUUGUCUUUAUUGUAGUUGCCAAUAAUUGGAGUUGUUGCAUGUGCCCCUGCAAAAACCCAAUAGCGAUUCUCUGAGUCUUCUCCUCCUUCCCAGAGGAGAUGUUCAGCUCGUGGAUGUGGGAAAUCAGUGUCUCUGACCCGCCACGUUCCAGUGUCAUGGGGAAACGGGCUGUGCAAUUAUGUAAAUAAAAGUGAGACAAACCUUGAGCUGUUGUCUUGUUACUGGAGGA